AUGUCUUUAAUGCCUGAUCGUAUAUUUCAAUGUGCUAAUACAACUUGUUUACCAUUCAUUAAUACUACUACAUCAAGUAUUAAGGAUUGUCAGGUAGCCUGUUUAGCUCAAAUUCAAUGCCAAGCAGCCACGUUUUAUAGAUCAACUUCAAGUUGUGCAUUAUUUGCUGACAUGCUGAACCAAAAUGAAAAUAUUCUGGCUGAUGCAGAUGCCACUAGUAUGAUUGUUAUUAGUGGAACACGAUUUCCACCGGGUCAGUAG